GACUUCGGGACCCUUCUCAGUCCAGUCGAGUCCUCCUUGCUGUCCCAACUCCCCAAAGGCCGAAACCCUCGACCAGUGCGGCGGCUUUCCCCUCCGCCUCCGGCAUUCUCGUCUCCGGCGAUUGCCUGCUCCCCGCCAACGCCCUCGCGAUGUUUUCCUCGAAGCCGCUUCCCGCCGCCUCCAGCUCCGGCGACCUGCCCGCGGACGCGCUGUACGAGGUCCUCCUCCUCCUCCCGGCCAAGGAGCUCUGCCGCCUCCGCGCCGUCUGCCCCGCCUGGCGCGCCCUCACCUCCGACCCGCUCUUCGUCGCGGCGCACAUGUCCCGACACCGUACUGCGCUCCCGCUCCUCGCCAUGGGCUACUGCGACGGCAGUGGGGUCAAUGGCGUUGCGAUUUCGGAUCUGUCGGGCAACGUCGUGAGGAGGAUUCCAAGCACCGGGUAUGAGGUUGUUAGGGUGAACACGUCGGGUGAUGCCAUUGGCCGGUUCACAAGCAAGGACGAUAGCAUCUGUGUUGUGCGCACGCGGCUAGACCUCGUCUGUUUCAACUGGAAUUUCUUCUCUGGGUCCUUCUGGGUGCUGAACCCAGCCACUGGAGCUGCCAUCGACUUGCCAAUGGGCUUCUCUGAGGAAAUUGUGCAUGAGCUAGAGGUGAAUCCAAUAAAGGAAUAUAGCUGCAGACGUGAGUUGUUUGCUUUUGGGCAGGUCUCCUCUAGCAGGGAGUACAAGGCGCUCCGCAUCUCUAGAGUUGAUGACCGGAAGGUAUGUGAGGUUAUCACCUUUGAUGACACCAACCAUGGAAGCUGGAGGAGAAAGCAGGACCCUCCAUCCCAUAUCUGUACCAGUCACAGGAUGAGAAGUGCGGUCGUCAAUGGGGUGGUGUACUUCCUGAUGGAAUUUUGCUACUCCAAUUAUGAAACUGGAGUUAUUACCAUUGAACCUGGUAGCGUAGCUUCCUUCAACCUCGACACAGAGGAGUGGAUGGGUGUUCUACGUGGUCCAGAACAGCUGGAGAGGUUUUUGCAAGAGAGCAGGGGAUACACUUACUCAGGACUUGAAGGCGAGUUAUCAUUGGCUGAGUUGAAUGGCUGCUUAGUUGUGGUUCAUAAUACUUAUGACAUAUCUAUGGACUUGUGGUUUUUGACAGAUUUUGAGAAAGGUAUUUGGGUCAAGAAAUACAGCUUGCCUUCACAUGUAGCUAGGCUUUUUUGGUAUCCUUUUCUCAUGUUAGAUGAUGGGAGAAUUUUCUUCAGUGGGAUGGAUUGUCUGGAAGGUAUAUUAAGUGGUGGAGAGCAAGGAGAGGGAUUUCUGCAAUGUUAUGAUCCAAGGAAUGGCACAUGUACUGAUGAAGUGAAACUGAGAGAUCCCCGAAAAAUCGGCAUUUACACAGGAAGCCUGCUGAGUUUAUAGAGUAGCUGUCGCUAAUGAGGUGAAUAAUUCAUCGUACUGGCCGUUUACCUUAUGUUGUAAUGUGAACAAUUAGUGAGACAGUGGACUGAUGCAUGCAUUGAUGAAAAAGUACUUUUGUGCCUUUCAAUUAAAGUAUAUUAUCAUAA